AUGGAUUUUGCUACGAAAUUCAAGGCGUGCUGGAAUAAGUCGUCAGCGUUUACGCCUAGAGCGAGGUCUAGCGCGGUAAUUCGAGAGCUUAUGCGGUUUUUUUGCUGGCUUGCUGGCUUGGCUUGCUAGUGUCUUACAAGCCGCUAGCUCUGGCCGGCUCCUAGUAAUCCUUACCCAACGGACGGCGUGAGACCGAGUCAGAGCCGCCACGGCGGCAGGAUCGUCCCGAAGACCUCGAGGCCGCGGACGUGCAUGCACUGCCUGUCCGAUCCGCCAGCGACUCGAAAGCGAAAGCGAGACGACGCGAAGAAAGACGCACGCGCCGCGCUGCGAGUUUGAUGGAAGAUUCUCCGUCGCGAGAAGAGGAGACGGCGCCUAUUUGCUCUACGCCCGCGCGAACGCGAAUGGUGUGUCCAAUAAACGGGGCCGGUUUGGUGGGAGGCACGUCCAGGUGGCCUUGCAUCGAGGCGACCCCGGUACAAAAGGAUGGGGCCCCUUCCGCCUCAUCGAGGUCGAGGGUUUUGUUGGUGGUCGUUCAUUUGAAAACUUGUAUUUUGGCGCCGUCAACGCUGUGGCCGGUUACCUGCUGGGCCUCUUCCCGCUGUCAUCACCUGGUCGGCAUGCGAUCGUGGCGGCGUUCUCGUGCGACGGCGUGCACUUCUCGAAAUUUCUGGAUGUAACACAUGCGGGGAACGCCGGCGCGGGCCGCACGUUCCACCAGCCCUUUGACGGGCUCGUCGUCGAAAAAGGUAGGGUGUACGCCUACGUCCAGGAGAACGUGCGCGGUUUAGACAUGGACCGCUAUGACGAUGAUCCGAACUAUCCGACGGCGCCGCCGCGCGUCGUGAGGUAUGGGACGACGCUUGUGGCGUUGGCGCGGCGCGCGGUUGCCGAGACGCGGGGGCUGGCGGGUUGUUAG